AGCCGGUGUAUUUUUGUCAAGAUGGCUGUGGAAGGGAGUUCUUUGUUUUGUGAUGAUGAUAAAUCAUGCGAGAAACAUCCCAACGAAUCUGACGAGGACGAUGAAAAGUAUAUUUCGGCACCAAUAGAUAAGCUUGGGCCUGCUGGAAGAUGGCUUCGACACCGUCUUCUCAGCUCAAUUCUCAUUGGAACACCUCCUCUUGUAGCGCUUCAGAGAAGACGUACACCCUUAUGGACAAAGUUCAUGCACUUGAACAGUUUCUUUGGUACUGAGGACUUUUAUAUUCCUAUGGGGGUUUUUAUUCUUUGGAUUGUUGAUGCUAAACUUGGGAGGUUGUUGUGCCUACUGAUGGGUUUAGGUUUCUACAGUGCUGGAUUCAUCAAGGAUUGUCUGUGCCUACCUCGGCCAGCAAACCCACCAAUUGUUCCUUUAGAAGGUGCUUCACAAACUUGGGGCCUUCCAAGUCACCAUGCGGUUUUAGGUGUACUAGUUCCUUGGUAUAUUUGGUUUUACUCCUAUAUCCACUUUUCUAUGCCUCAGUGGGGAUUUGCUGUCCUUUUUGGAUUCAUUGUGUAUUGGUCAGUGUCUGUUAUGUUUAGUCGGCUUUACCUUGGUGUCCACAGUCCAGCAGAUAUUGUUGCUGGAGGAAUUAUUGGUUGUGUCAUACUGGCUUAUUGGAUAAAAAUAGACACAAUUGUGGACAGAUAUAUCAGCUUUGGGGAUAAUGUUGUCCUUCAAGCCAUUGUUUACUCCUUGUUGCUGUUGUUUCUUCAUCCUCGUCCUGAGCCCCGUACGCAGUCUCUGGUUGAAACGACUGCAAUGACUGCUGUGUCAGUUGGUUUUGUAAUUGGCAAGGCCACAUCCACAAGACACCCAUCCAUUUACAAAGCAAUCCUGGACUUUGAUAUUGAUGAUGUGUCCAAUUUCACCCUGAUCUGGGUUUCCACUGUACGAUUAUUGCUUGGAUACAUCCUCGUGAUACUUACGAGGCUGCUCUGUAAGAUUGUGUUCAAAAGCUUGCUGAACAACCUUUUCCGAGUAUUGGACUUGGAAUGCUUUGAGAUAACAAAGGUUAAGUACGACUCAAGUGAAAGGAUGUAUGGCCCUUCAUUCAAACUGCCUCCUGUUUUUUAUAAGGGAGGAAAGAAAAGAAGCCAAAAAUCCCAGCCUGAUACAGAGGAUGGUAGCCAAAAGUAUAACUUGAUCUUUGUUAUUAACUAUGUCUCAUAUGUAUGUGUAGGAUGGGUGGGGAUAAGUGGUGUACCACUACUUUGUCACAGUAUUGGACUGGUUUUGUAGACCAGUGUGUGGCCAACAUUGGUACCUUGCAUUAUUAGGCUACUAAAUUUACACUAGACCAGUACUGGAAUAGUAUUGCCAGUUUGCAUUCUUUCAUAGCUAAUCAACUAAUACACUUAGGAGAUUGUGUUGGAUAUUGUAGAAAUGAAUCCAAAAGGUCAGAUAUUGCUUUACACAGUUAGUCUAGGAUAGACUGGUCAGUUGGAACCAAUGGAAUGUCUGUUGCAUGUAGUAACUAUCUCAGACGUAAUUAUAUGAAGAAAUUGAGCAUUUUGUUAAGUAGAGCCACUGUUACACUAAAUGAAAUAAGUGGCAUAUUUCGUACAGUAUUUUUUUAUUAUGGUAUUGUUUUGUUGGAGGAAGUUUACCUGUAAAUUCUCUUAAUGAUUAAUAUAAAACUUAUCCCAAUAAUAUUCUUAAAUUAUCCAAUAACCAGGUAAUAAGAAUGCUUAAACUUAUCAGGUGAAAAUAGAGGAUAUUACAUGGCCGCGCGGGGAUACGAAUUUUAUC